AAAGAGAAAUUUUAACUUUAUAGACCGCACUAGGGUCUUUAUCAUUUGUCGUCAAUUACGGCAAGUCAAUGACAGCGAGUUUUAAAAUAAAUAUAAAAAACAAUCAGAGUAGAAACCUCGGCUAGAAUCGUUUUCAUACCUUUAAAGUUCAAGAAGUUACGCAUUCAGUGUAACGAAAUUCGAUAUUUGCGGCCUUGUGGCUAUACAUAUACUCGUAGGUGCAUAAGUAAUGCAAACCCAAGUAACACACUUGGUGACAAAAAGCUUGCAUAAAGUAUUUUAUUGGAUACUUUAGUAAUAAAAUUCACCGUGAAUAAGUUCUGUAAAGGUGGUUGGAACCUAUAUGCAAGCUGUAUAUUACCCAAGGGAGAAAAAUUGCAACCUAUUUAAAAAUACAAAAGCGAUGCAUAAGCGUUCGAAUUGUUACCCUGAGUGGUAAUUGGAGCUAACGGUAAAAAUUGCGCGUAGUGAAUGAAUGCUUGAAUGAUGAAAGCGAUACGUUCAUUCGUUGAGCGACAAAUGAGAUCUAAACAAGUGUCAUUUUUGUUGGAGAUCUCUUAAACAAAAGGACGCGUGCUAACUAGCAUUUGGAAUAUUACAUUUAUUUGGCCCUUGCUGUUUAAGCGGUGAAUCGGGGAUCCUCAAUACGGAUACAAAACCCAUUUAUGCAGAAUGCCGUUUUUGAUAGUCGAAACGAUUGAAAAUGGUUCCAAAAAACUAUCAGUUUGUCCGGAAAUAUGGGUAAAUAACGGAAUUUUAAGUUGGCCUACUAAGAAAAAUUCCAAAAAAUGUAAAAUGGAACAAAAGAUUCCCAAAGAUAGUUGGCUGAAAAUACCUUGUAUAAUUAAAAGAAGAUUUGAUAGUUAUGAGGCUGCUGAUGCUGAGUUAGAUGUCAUGGUUGAGUUGCCUGAAACUGAAAAUGAAGGAAACAAUACUGUAAGACUGCCAGGCAAUGAAGAUUUUAAUAACAUUGCCAUACAACUGUCAUCUACUGGAUCUGCAAACGACAACAAUGCAUCGACUACAGCUGCGCAGAAAAUGCAAGAAACAAAUAAUAAUAUUUCACCUGAUAACUAUGUAGUGGUAGUAUCUGAUGAUGUUCCUAACGGCAAUAAUAUUACGGUCCAGAAUAAUAUAGAAAAUGAAGUACUCCAAGUACUGGAUUGUGACGAUCUCCUACAAAAUCAAAAAAAAAUGGCUGAAUAUCAAGUUGCAAUACUAGAUAACCAAAAAAAAAUCAUAAAAGCGCUAGCAACGAUAUCUGUUAAAAUUGAUACUUUGGCAUCGAAAUUCCAAAAUCAGCCACAAAUGACACCACCAAUGACAGUGACACCAUUAAAUAACGAAAUAAAAAAGAGCCCUUACAAUGCUAGAGUUGCACCUGUUCAAACUAUGGAUGAUCUUCAAAAUAUGGAAAAUCAGCUGCAUGACGCCGAAAGAAGAAAAUGUCUUAAGGAUUUGUAUUCCGUUUUCUGUACUCCUGGGAAGAAAGGGGAGGUUUGUGCUUUUCAACUUAUUGACGUUUUUUUUAGUCGUGAAUUUUUGGUCCAGUGUUCUUGGUCGGGUUCUGCUAGAGGGGCAGGUUCAAAAAUAUGCAUUAAAAUAUUUCAAGAAGUGCUUGGAUUUUUUUUCGAACUUGUUCACGACUGUGACCCUACAUACACUGUCGACAAAAACAAUGAUUUCUUUAAAUCCAUCGUCAAAAAUGCUAAAAAGAGAACACAUUCUAAAUUAGGAAGAGCUUCCGCGCCAAGAAAUGUCCCCAAAAGAAAACUUGCUACAAAAGAACAAAGUUGCACUACAAAAAAAAGGAGGCCAUCUGGAGGUUCAAGUGCAGCACUGCAACAUAUUGAAGAAGAAGUCGUCGAUAUUGAAGUCGUAAUUGAUAAAGAGGCUUCAAUCGAUAAUGCUGUACAUGCAGAUGAAAGCACUCAUAAAAAUGAGAAUGAUAAAAAUUGAAAUAGCGAUAACCACAAUACAACUCAAGAAAUAAGGCAUUUCUAGUUAUAAGUUCUUUUUGACAGUUUUUUACUUGUUUUUGACUUUUACAUACAUGGUGUGCGGGACAGUGUAUCAAAAAAUUUGCAGGCGUGAUCACUCUUUUAACCUAAACAGGUUUCAACAAGAAACAUUCAGUCAAACAUUACUUAUACAUUUCAAGCAAAAUGUUUCGUACACCUAUUUUUACACCCCGUAUGAAUAUAACGUAUCUUUGGAGUUUCCUUUUUUUUAGAAGUUAAGUUUAUUAUGUUGAUUUUUUGAUGUUGAUUAAGUAAUUUGUUAUGUUACCGACUUUGAUUUUUUAAUCAUAAUAGUUGUCAAAGACAAUAAUUUUAAAGUGUUAACGGAAAUCAUGAGACUGCUAGAUAAGCGACUUACUCAUCGUACCUACAUAGUUUUUCGCAGAUUAGGAUUUAAGUGUUAAGAGUAAUACAAUAUGUAUCUGAAAAGGUGCGGAUUCUUUCAGGGAGGUAUUCAGUUAAUGAAACUAUAGAAAUUUACACAAGGAUUAUUGUUUCCUAAAUUUUAAAAAUAAUCGUCGUCCCAUACUAUGUCGUCAGUCGUCAGCCAACUGUCCACUUUGUAUAGGAGGUCGAUUUUUUUUUAAUUUUCGGCCUUGUAUACCUUUCGAGUUACUUACUUGUUGUUGUUUACUUACGGGAAGACACCUUAAAACCUUUGUAGAUACAUCCUAUAUUAAACCCUUAUAUUAUAAAUUAUGAGACUGCAAGUUGUGCGACUUAAAUAUUUAAGUAAAUCGACCUACUCAUGUAAGUAUUUAAUUAAUAAGGAUUAAAGAUAGAACGUAAAAGAGAUAAUGAGACUGUAAGUUGUGCGACUAAUUAUUAUUCAUGAAACCAUUUUAUUGAUUAUGAUUUAAGUGUAAGACAAUUACAUAACUCAAACUGUUGUGCUGCAGUUAUCCUCAUGUAAGUUUAUAAUAAUGAGACCUUCACAAGAUUUGUAGUUGGAUGAUUGAAAAUAAAAUCAGAGUAUGACAUCAAUUUUAAUGUGUUUUAUUUUAAAUCUUAAAGUAGGUACAGGUCAAAUAAUCAAUAUUUUGAAAAAGUAUGAAGCAAAGGUAACAGACAGAUUUCUUCUUUGUAUUUAAUCGCUACUAGUUUAUAUUUUAUAUCUUCAGGAAAACGUAUACAAUCGGAAACAUUAGUCGACGUUAAUUUGUAUUUGAAAAUCUUAAGAUAGGAAGACGAAAUAGGAAGCUCAAAAACAUUUUCUGUAUUAGUUAUCAACUUACAUUUUACAAUUAUUUUGCUGUCUUGAACUUUGAUUGAUCUUGUUUCCAUUAUCUCAUGAUUUGAUGUUACAAAAAAUCUGUCUUUAUAUUUUUCCGAUAUGAUGAAAUCUUUAAAAUGUAAAACUAAAUCACCACUUCUACAAUUCUUUUUCACAUAUGGAUAGUUUGUUACAAUCUCAUCAGUACUAUUCACGUCCAAGCUAUCGCAUUCACCAAUUCUUUUCGCUAUUUGGGAUAAUGGUUUGUUGCCAGUACGAAGCAUAUUUUUAAUCAAAUAAAGUUUGUUUUCGAACGAAUAGGCAUUAAAACUUUGUAGAAUUCCAAAAUUGAGCACUUCAUCAACAACAUGUAAUAAAUUAUGGACAUUACUCGUCAUGUAGUCUAUACCAUAGAAGUAUUUAAAAUUUUUUACAAAAUGAUUUAAUAGCUCUUUAGCCAACGGCAAAAAAUUAAAGUAUUCUUCACUUGAACAUAUUGUUAUUGCACAAAAAAAUGACAGAAAAUGUUUCAUUGCAUCAGUGUUUAAUACCGUUGGUAAUAUAACUACGCUAAGGUACAACAAGAAUGUCCUAAAUUCAGAAGCCUUCCAGUGAGCUAGACUGCUGAGAUUUCUUACAGAUCUGUGGAUUUCUGAAGGUAGUUGGCAAUCAUCCAGAAAAUCAUUUACCGUCGAUAUAUCACUUGCUCGGCAUUUUGUGUCUUUCUUACCAAAAUUUCCGUCUCGCCAGCCAAUUAGAAGGCGUUUCGUAAUCCCCAAGUCGAUCAAAUGCAUAGAAUCAGCAACAGGAAAUGCUUUUAUCAUAUCAAUCGGAAGACUAAGCAAAGGGGAAUCAACUUUAUGAUGUUUACCGUAAAGUUUUUUACGAAAAUCUUCAUCAUUCCGGGCAGGACAAUCUAAUUCAGGAAAUAUAACCGUAUGAGAUAUAUGAGAGUAUUCACCGAUAAUGGUACAUUUAUUACACCCAUGUUUGCCAUUAAAGUUGCAAAUUCCUUUUAUCAUUGCCCUUGCAGGAGAAUCGCAUACAAAACAUCUAAUUGUAGCAUUUACCUUAUUAUUUUUUACAAGCAGACCAUUUUGAAGUAAUGUACGCAUUUCAAGGACAAAAGGUUGUAAAUAAGCAUUUCAAUCGUUAGGUUUUCCAUUGCCUGCAUAAAUACCAACGAUAAAUGGUAUCAUACUUGGCAAUUCAAAAAUCUUGCAAAGUAUUGGCCAAAACUGCUGUUUUGAACUGUUACAUACUGGGAGACCAUCUAUGUUGAAGUAAAGUGAAAUAUUAGCAAGUAAUUCUCUGUCAUUUUUAUUCAAAAUAGUUUCAAGCGGUAUUAUAAGUCCAUUAUGCCAAUAUUGACCAGGAUCGACAGAUAUUGUAUCAAUUUGUCUCGGAGUGUUCAUGAGCGUUCUAGGGUCUACAGGAAGCAAAUUCGGAUUUAUAGUAUUUACAAGUGUUGCUAACGAUUUCAGAGCUGAAUGGCUUAUGUUAUUUUCUAUAGCCCACGUUCUAGCUGCAUCUCGAAAUUGAUGAAUCUGUUUGUAUUGAAAAAUCUUUUGACUUGGUUCACGGUCAUCAUUUUCUUCGAGGUCGGUUUCCUCAUAAGUUUCAUUAUUCCCAUUAUCAUUUUCAGUCGAAUUUCCAUCACUUAUUUUAGUCGAAUUUCCAUCACUUGUUUCAGUCGAAUUUCCAUUAAUAAUUUCAGUUGAACUUUCACUAGGAUCAUGCCUGAAAAACAAAUGUAUUGAGUAUUAAUCUGAUAAAUAGGUACCUACCUACAACUCGAUAAUCAAAAUACAAAUGUUGUCCAGAAGGGUAACUUAUGAACAUAAUAAACUGAUCUUGCUUUGCCUACCAACUUUGAUAACUGAUUUAUAAACUUAGAAAAACUUUAACCGUUGAAAAUGUACAUAAAUACAAACCAUACCCUAUUUUAAAUUUAUUAAAAUGUACGGAACCCGCGAUAGUCAUAGUAAAAUUAUCUUGACACAAUUGUACAAAACAGAAAGCCUCUAAAUUAUUAUAAUCUGCUUGUUUUACCUUUUAUUAUGUAUUUCAUUGGUAAUUACUUACGUUUCAACAAUUGGAGUAUCCUCUUUUGGUUGUUUUAUAACAUUUUCAUGGUUUGAACUAGUACCACUUAUUUCCACGUCCAUUAUAUUCUUGAAUGUACGUGCAAUUUGCCGAUGAUAAUUACCACAUCUUUUAACUUUUUUCCACUCUACAGUGUUCAUUUUGAGUAGUUUUAUUUUAGCUAUUAUGACUUUUUAGCAGAAACUUUGAUUGUAAUAUUAAAUGUUAAGAAAUGCAUUUAUAUUAAGAUUUUCUUUGUUUACGUGCCGUACACUGAAUGGCAAUUAAAAAUAAGCUCUACGUUUCGAUCUUUUAGAACCGUUAGAUCUUAAGUGGUGGGAAAAAAAUGUUGCUUAAGGUUUUCAAGAACCAUCUUUUGGAACCGAUCUACGCGUUACAGUGGCAUAUUAGAGUAUAUUAGUCCUUACAGAGGCAAUCACUCUGGGUUCUAAAUGAGCUGUAAUAAUAACUCUUCAGCCACUAUAGGUGAUAAUUUACUCUUAUAAACUACUUAUUUAGUACUAAAGGUGCCAAAUAAGGAAAAUUUGCCACCUGAUAGGGCGCAGUUCCUUAGGGAGGAUUUUAAGAUGUCAUAUGCCUCUUUGAGUUCUUAAAUAGAGAAAAUUAAAACCUUUAUGCGUCUAUAAGUAAUAAAUUCAACCUAAUGCCACUGUAAGUAAUAAAGCAGGAACAAAAAUCACUCAAAAGCAUCUGUAAGUGAUAAAAGUUACCCAUUUGCAAAUUCGAGUGCUGUUUGCAUCUAUAAGUAAUACCGUACACUCUUGCAUUGCUUAUAUGCCACCUACAGUUGCAAAAUAAGUUCCAAAAUUCACUUACGUGCUCCUUGGGAA